UGCAACAACUGAAGACAUUGACGCUUAAACGAUCGUUUUGUUUAAUCUAUCUAUUAUUGUUUGUAAUUCGUGCAUAUAUAAAAAAUAGUUUUAGUUGGAUUUUGCGAUUUGUUCUAAACGUUGAGCAAAAUAACGAACAAUGAAUUCAAGAACUAAUAAUGAACCGAAUGAGUUUCAACCUUUGCGAAGUAAUAGACAACCUCAAAUUGUCUCUGGUCUUAAUGGAUCAUUUGAUAGAAAACCAUUGGGUGAGCAGAACUGUGCGGUAAGACGUCAAGAAAUCAUGGUUAUACUCGGUAAUGUCGGCAUACUUUCGGGUGGUAUGGCUCUCGGUUUACCUACAGUUACAUUAAGACAACUUACAGAUCCCAAUGAAAGCAUUCAUUUAACUCUAUCGCAAUCUUCGUGGUUUGCUUCCUUAAACAUGCUCUCCUGUCCUAUAGGUGGGCUGCUUUGCGCACUAAUACUAGAUAGAUUAGGACGAAAACGUACAUUGUACUUACUCAAUAUGUUCGCAAUUAUUGCAUGGCUGCUAAUGGCAUUAUCUAUACAUUUCAAUACUGAAACUGCCUAUUUGAUGUUAAUGAUAUCGCGACUUGUUAUAGGUAUAACGAAUGGUAUGUCUGGUGCUCCGGUAGGAGUAUAUGCAGCAGAAAUAAGUAUGCCCAAAAUACGUGGUCGGCUUAUAUUGGGCACAUCGAUUGCUGUGGCCUCUGGUAUUACAUUAAUUUAUUUAUUAGGAUUCUUCAUACGUGAUGACUGGCAAUUAAUUGCUGUGAUUUGUAGUGGUUAUCAAAUUAUUUCCUUACUCUGUGUGAUACCAAUGCCAGAAACUCCUAGUUGGUUGAUUUCUAAAGGACGUAUUGCAGAGGCAAAGGCAUCCAUGAAUUAUUUUAGAGGAUUGGAAAAGUCUGGUUUAAUUACAAAUACAGAAGUUGAAGCAGAAUUCAAUAUUUUACAAAAUUCAAUACAAUUGGGUGUUGGAGAAAAGAAACCAUCAUUUUUUCGUUCAUUAAAAUUACCCGAGGUGUAUAAACCCUUACUAAUUCUAAUAACACUCUUUGCCUUCCAACAAACAACUGGAAUUUUUGUGGUGAUCGUUUAUGCAGUGCAAAUUUCUACAGAAGCUGGUGUCACAAUAGAUCCAUUUUUAUGUGCUGUACUCAUUGGAGUUACGCGUGUAUUGACUACUUGCCCAAUGGGAAUAAUAUUAGAAAAAUGGGGUCGAAGACGUUCUGGCAUUAUAUCAUCAUUAGGGAUGUGUUACUGUAUGUUUCUUUUAGCUGCACAAAGCUGGUCUGAGUGGUUAAGCAAGGUGCCAUUUUUGCCUGUUAUAGCAAUUGUAGGGUUUAUACUGCUCAGCACACUCGGUUUAUAUACAUUGCCAUUCUUUAUGAUCUCAGAACUAUUUCCACAAAAAGUACGUGGUCCUGCUUCUGGAAUAACCGUAGCUGUGGGUAUGUUUUUGGCAUUUUUAUGUAUUAAAAUAUAUCCAUCUAUGAAGGAAGCGAUUGGCAAUGAAUAUUGUUUUGUGGUUUAUGGUGUGAUGGCUUUUUUAGCUACAAUAUUUAUAUACCUUUUCUUGCCAGAGACCCGAGGCCGGACACUACUUCAAAUAGAAGACGAAUUUCGCCAUAGAUUGUUACGAAAUUCUCGUUCGUCAGCACCAGUGGAAAUGCGGGAUGUUUUCAUUAAAUAAGUUGCAAAAAUUUUAUGUGUUGAAUAAUUGAUAUGAAAACUCAACAUUCGAAAAAAGGAUACUAAACGUGAUAUAACAGGCAUCAAUUCGGUUUGUUUCUAGCAACGAAUGGCUUACCCAAAAACUUUAACUUUGAGUUUAAGAACGAAUUUUUAAUUAGACUGUGAUAAAUAGCAAAUUGGCCAUAUAUUUUUAAAUAAUUU